UUACAAGUUUACCUCAUUUACGGAAUCUUCAAAACUACCUAGCCAAUGUCACAAAAUAUGCCACGAUAUCGUGAAUGCUUUGAACUUUGCGCAUUGCUGUUUGCAUUUGAGCCAAUUUUAACUCUUACAAAUCCAAAAAGACAAUAAUGAUAGAUACGCCUUUCGCAGGGGGGAAAUUUGGUCCUUUCCCUCAACAUUCUAUCAGUUGACACGAAACAAAUUAGGCAUGGCUGCGGCGCCGGCCUCCUGUAUCUGCAGCGGAAGAAUGGUAGAGGAUUUAAGGUUUGGUCGGACAUUUGUGCAGGGAAACCUGGCGUCAUUUGAUGGGGGGCUUUGGCGCUUCAAGGUAGGAAGCAGAAGAAACUCUGGCCGUAUAAAGGUUCAAGUUGGGGCUGAGCCACGAAUGGUGCCCGUGGAAGAGGCCUUAGCCAUUAGGAAAAAGGUUUCCAAUGGUUCUGUUGGCAAGGGACGUGCGGUUUCCAACGGUUCUGUUGGCAAUGGACGAAAGAUUUCCGAUGGUUCUGUUGGCAAUGGACGUGCAAAUUUAGCGGUAUUGCCACAGAGGAGGAGAAUUUUGCCGGAGAUAGAUGGGAAAGAAGAAUUGGUUCUAGACGAAGGUUUCAGCUGGUCAAGGGAGGAUUACACGAGGCUUGAGAGGACCAUUGAUGUGUGGACGUUUGUUGUUUCUCUAAGAGCCCGUGUGUACUUGGAUGAAGCCAAAUGGUCUUACAUUGGCGGCUUCUCUGAAGUAAAACAGAAAAUAAGGAGGCGAAAAACGGCUUCCUGGCUAAGGGAAUGCGUAUUGCAACUUGGUCCAUUGUACAUCAAACUAGGCCAGUUAUCAUCAACAAGAUCUGAUCUAUUCCCUAAAGAGUUUGUAGAGGAGCUUGCCAAAUUACAGGAUCGUGUCCCUGCUCUUUCACCUAAGAAGGCAAGAGGCCUGAUAGAGGAACAGUUAGGAGCACCAGUUGAUAUGAUUUUCAGAGAAUUUGAGGAUCGACCAAUUGCAGCAGCUAGUCUUGGACAGGUUCACAGAGCUGUGCUUCAGAAUGGAGAACAGGUCGCUGUGAAAGUCCAAAGGCCUGGUUUAAAGAGACUUUUUGACAUUGAUUUUGCCAACUUAAAGUCCAUUGCAGAAUUCUUUCAGAAUAGUGGAGGUCUUGGUGGUCCAACAACAAGGGACUGGAUCGGAGUUUAUGAAGAAUGUCGUACGAUACUUUAUCGAGAAAUUAAUUAUAUCAAGGAAGGGCGGAAUGCUGAUAGAUUCAGGCGUGACUUCCGUAACAUAAAGUGGGUUCGAAUACCUGCAAUAUAUUGGGACUACACCUCAGAGAAGGUAUUGACAUUGGAGUAUGUUCGAGGUAUCAAAAUAAACAACAUAGAUCUCCUUGAUGCUGGUAACUUGGACCGCUCAUUGAUUGCUAGGCGAUCCAUUGAGUCAUAUUUGCUUCAAAUUCUAAAGACUGGAUUUUUUCAUGCUGAUCCACAUCCGGGAAAUCUAGCAAUUGAUGUAGAUGGUUCACUUAUUUAUUAUGAUUUUGGGAUGAUGGGAGAAAUUAAAUCAUUCACAAGGGACAGGUUACUCCAAAUGUUCUAUGCAGUUUAUGAGAAAGAUGCAAAAAAGGUUAUUCAGUCUCUUGUUGACUUAGGUGCACUUCAACCUACUGGAGAUAUGGCAUCUGUAAGACGGUCCAUACAAUUCUUUCUGGACAACUUAUUGAACCAGCGACCUGAUCAAGAGGCAACUCUAUCAGCAAUUGGGGAGGACUUGUUUUCGAUAGCAGUGGAUCAGCCAUUCCGUUUCCCAGCCACUUUUACAUUUGUACUAAGGGCAUUUACAACUCUUGAAGGUAUUGGUUAUGUAUUAGAUCCAGAAUUUUCUUUUGCUAAAAUAGCUGCUCCUUAUGCACAGGAUCUAUUAGAUAUGCGGAACUCAGAAAGCAAUGGACCCUAUCUAGUUGAAGAGAUUCAGAGACAAGCAACUGACGUUCGAGAUACCACAGUUGCCAUGCCAUAUAGGAUACAACAUAUUGAUGAGUUCAUCAAACAACUUGAGGCAGGAGAUCUAAAAUUGCGGGUGCGGGUGUUUGAGGCUGAAAGGGCUGCCAGAAGGGCAUCGGUAAUGCAAAUGGCAACUAUAUACACAGUUUUGGGGGGAACAUUAUUGAAUACUGGAGUUACACUAACAGCCCAGGGCAUGGAGAAUCUUGCCACUGUUUCAUAUAUCGGUGCAGGAGUAUUCACAAUCUUGAUUAUUCAAGCCAUGAAAAGAGUACAGAGACUUGACAAAUUUGAAAAAAUGAUUUAAGUAGUUGUUUCAUCUUUACAGUGAGCAUGUGUUACGGCAAAUUUAUUUCCCCACAGAGUCAUAAUAUUGUGGCUAGGUGGUCCAUUCGCCAUUUUUUACUACUGCUUUUGUGGCCUUCCGAUUCAUUGUUGAUUCUAUAUUGUAGAGCAAUUGAAAUUAAUUAUCAAUCAUGUAAGGCUGUUGCUGAAAAUUCCAGCAGCAACAGAGUGGAAAUGUACCAUAUAUUUAUUAUUCAUUACAUUUAAGAAUCCGCCAGGUUGUAUUAUCAUUCAUUCCUAUUAAAAAAUGAAAUAUUUACUAUAUUUCAUUUUUUUAAUGUAUCUUGAGGGAGGCCGGCUUCCUAACGACAGGCUCUAUUUAAAUAUAAAGAAAUAAAGUCAUAGACCUGCUAAUGAUGUGUACGAAUUGAACUA